AUGGAUCGAUUCACUCAAUUCCCUGUCGUCAAUGAUGAGGGCGAUGCUGUCCGUGUCGUGCCAUGGCAGGUCGAUGUUCAACUCCCCGCAGAGCUACUUGCGAUGUCCUGGGCUGUAUUAUUGCGUGCAUUCACGACCGAUGAAAACCCGGUCUUUCUAUUGAACGGGAAUCCCGUCAAGGCAAAUUUCCCUGCGCAGACAGUGCUUCCAGCAGAUCUCGCCGAAGUAGCCAGUCUCUCAGUCAAGCACACAGCCGUGGUGCUGGGUGAUCAUCCGUCUGGACAGCCUUCGGUGCUACUGUGGACGGUGGACCCCACGAUGCAGUCGGGGACACUGCAUGCAACUGGAGGCAUGGAUGCUGAAUUCCUGCAUCAGCUGGGCCAGCAGCUCAAGCAUAUCGUGCAGGAACAGGCCGCUCGUGCCGGUAUGCAGCUGGUGUUACCUGCAUCCGAGGCUCCCACCCUAUCUAUUACAAAUGGCGAGCCUGCCACGCUUCCAGGGCCAGGACUACUGCAUGAGCUAGCACUAUGCGGGAUCAACGAUGCCAACAAUGCCAUUGAGUUCCUUGCUGCGGAAGGAAACAUCCGCUGCUUGUCUUAUGAGGCCUUGGACCGGUUGUCCUCGAAGUUGGCAGGUGACAUCGUCCGUGCUUCGAUGGCAAACGGUACAAGCAUGGUCGUUCCAGUGCUUCUGCCCCAGUCAGUGGAGUUGUACAUCUCCUGGCUGGGUAUUCUCAAAGCUGGCGCCGCAUUCUGCCCUCUCAACACCGAUGCACCACCAGACCGCAUCGAAUUCAUUCUCCAGGAUGUAGCUGCAUCCGUAGUGAUCACACAAGAUACUCUUGCAUCGAAGAUCCCACCGAAAGAGUACUUGUCUAUUUUAACCGUGGACAACCUUGAAUCCAGCUCCGAUACAAGUGAACCCUGUGCCACUUCAUGCACAUCCUCUAAUUUGGCCUAUGUGAUGUACACUUCUGGGUCUACAGGCCGCCCCAAAGGUGUUGGAGUGUCCCAUCUCGCUGCGACCCAGUCACUUCUUGCUCAUAAUGAUUUGAUACCCCCAUUCAAGAGAUUUUUGCAAUUCGCGUCACCCACCUUUGAUGUUUCCGUGUUCGAGGUCUUUUUCCCCAUGAUGCGAGGGGCCACUCUAAUCGGCUCAGAGCGAGAGAACAUGCUUCUCGAUAUCUCUCAUGUGAUGACCCGCAUGAAAGUCGACGCCGCGGAGUUGACUCCUACAGUAGCGGGCGAGUUACUGCGCACGCGAGCCGCGGCACCCUCUCUUCGCGUGCUUCUGACUAUUGGUGAAAUGCUCACCAGGCACGUGGUGGAUGAGUUUGGUCAGUCGCAAGGCAGAGAUGGUAUUCUUCAUGGAAUGUACGGGCCUACCGAGGCAGCCAUUCAUUGCACCGCCGCCACCCACUUCCAAGCCAAGGAUCGCGUGAACAUGAUUGGAAAGCCGUUCAAAACGGUUUCUGCGUAUAUCAUGUCUCUCCCGUCAGAUGAUGAUUCAUCUCCCAAGGAUCUUCACACUCUUCCUUUAGGCCAGAUUGGAGAACUCGUCGUGGGUGGUCCUCAACUGGCAGAUGGCUAUAUCAACCGCCCCGAAGAAAAUACCAAAGCUUUCAUUGACAGUCCGUUGUAUGGUCGACUCUACCGGACAGGCGACAAAGCCCGCAUGCUUCCAAAUGGAGACAUCGAGUGUUUCGGGCGAAUCUCCAGCGGCCAAGUAAAGCUGCGAGGUCAGCGCAUUGAACUUGGAGAGAUUGAGCACGUUAUUACUAGAACUGAAGGUGUUCGCAGCGCUGUGACUAUCGUUAUUGGCGGCAACUUGAUUGCUUUUGUCCUAGUCACCGGGCAAGAAACGACAGACCGUGCCAUCCGAGACAUCUGUCGACAGCUCUUACCCCGAUUCAUGAUACCUGGAGAAUUUGUACUUGUGGAUCAAUUUCCCCAGCUUCCGUCAGGAAAGAUCGACCGCAAGACAUUGGAAGCUGAUUUCGUGCGCCACCGUAGCACAGCUCAGUCUUACGAUGAGGAGCCUUGCCGGGAUGAAAAAGAGGAGGCUAUCGUCUCAUGCGUGACUGAUGUUCUUGGCCGUCGACUUGCGUCUACAGAAAGUCUGGCAUCAGCAGGUCUUGAUUCACUCGGUGCGAUUCGUCUUGCUUCUCAUCUUUUGGAUGCGGGAAUCCGUCUCGACGUGGCAACCCUGUUGGAAGCCGACUCCGUAGACCGGAUCUGGCAGCUUUCCACCACCUUAGAAGCUUCUGGCUCCACUGAAGAUAGCCACACGGCCCUUCAUGCGAUUCUACAAUUUGUGUCGGAUGCAGGCGCAGCAAGGGUUGAAUCCUUGGGGUUGACUUCGCAAGUAUCAGAGGUCGUUCCAUGUAGCCAUAUCCAACAGGCUAUGGUUUUGGAAACUGUGCGCAACAGCAAAGCAUACUGUAACUGGAUCGAGCUUGAAUUUGAGCCUUCGAUCAGUUCAGCCUCUGUCAAGCAUGCCUUUGUUCAACUUGCUCAGCACAAUGAGGUUCUGCGCUCUGGGUUCGUGGAAAUCGGGCUUAAGGAUCACUCGUAUGGUCGGUUCACCUGGAAUGAUCUUGACGGGCAUAUCAGUGAGCAAGCAGAAUUUGACUAUGGUGUGUCAUUGAGUGCUGGCCAGGAUGUCUUGAAUCCUUUCAGAGUCCAGAUCAAAAAAGCGAAGAACGGACUGCGGGUUCUUGUACAUAUUCACCACGCACUGUAUGAUGGAUGGUCCUGGCAACUGAUCCUGAAAGAUCUUCGUGACAUCUUGUCAGGCGAAGAACUUGCCUCGAGACCUCCUUACAACAUCGUCGCAAACUUUUUCAUCGAGCACAAGCUGGACAAGUCAGCAACAGAGUCCUCGGCCUACUGGCGCGACCAGCUUCAAGGACUAUGCCCGGCAAACUUCCCCAACUUCCAAGGGAAGACGGAUAUCCCAUCAAAUACCCAGCAAGCCACUCGCAUACUUGGAAUCUCCGUACCAAAGCUCAACGAAGUUACCCAACACCUCCGCAUCAGUCGACAGACAGUCUUCCAAGCCGCCUUCUGCUACAUCCUCUCCUCCUAUCUCGGCACAGAUGACGUGGCAUUUGGAACCGUCUUUUCAGGCCGUACAAUCCCCCUGAAAGGCAUAGAGACCGUCCUCGGACCGUGUAUCAGAACGCUACCAACACGUAUGAAUCUGGACAAGAUGCAAGACGUGACAGACCUCCUACUAGCCAUCCAGAAUAUGAACCGCAAGUCCCUUGAAUAUGGCAGUCUAUCUUUGCAAGAUAUCAAGAAAGCAUCUGGUAUCGAGCUAGAUCGCAAUCUCUUCGAUACGGCCGUCGUGUGGCAAGAAAGCAUUUGGUCAGAUGAACAACAAGCCUCGCCAUUCCAAGAAGUCAAUGCUGCAGAGUUCUUAGAGUUUGCGCUUUUGCUAGAAUUUGAGCCUAGAGCCGAGUGUGUCUUUGCCAGGGCGACUUAUCUGCAGUCUAUUUUGCCCUUUGAGCAAGCUGCUCUUCUCUUGGAGCAAAUCGAUUCCGUGGCUUCGACCUUGAUCGAUAAUGUCCAGCUUCCGCUUGAGGAUCUCUGUACUCUUUUGCCUUUAUCGACAUUAUCUGUUUAUAACAAAGCUGCAGCUGAGCAAGUCACAUUCCCAAGUCUGGCUUCUGGAGUUGAGACAAUAGCCUCGACCAAUCCAAGUCGGGUAGCGCUCGAGUUGAUGCUUUCAGGGUCGGAAUCUACCACUCCUGUGAUUGGUAGCGUGACAUACGGUGAACUGAACUCUCGCGCAAACCGUCUCGCACAUCAUUUGCACCAUGUCGGCGUUACCCGCACCGAUCUGAUUGCUGUUCUCCUGGACAACUCGGUUGACUUUUUCAUUUCCGUGCUUGCAGUCGCCAAAUCUGGUGCUGGCCUACUCCUAAUUCCUCAUGCUACCUCAGAAACUGUUCACUCCGCCCUCUCUACGGCAGAGUCGAAGCUAUGCAUUGUCGACUCUGAGUCUGUGCAGAGGUUUGAUUUGGAUUCUCUGCCUUCUUUGCAACAGAUUUCUGUUUCUUCUUCGAUGUAUCCUUGUCAUUAUGACAAUCCCCCGACUGUCGAGGAAGGGUCUGACGUGGCCUAUGUUGAGGUCACGUACGACGGUGACUCCACAGAUGAUGUUGUUAUUUCUCGUCACAACCUAGAGAGCAAUCUAAAGGCUCUUUCGGAGGUAUACCCAACGCCUGCUGGGUCAAAGAUUCUCUUGACAUCUCCUUCUGGAUCAGGUGUAUCAAUCUUUGAAUCGUUCUUUGCCUGGCACACGGGCAUGACACUGUGCUCAAUUUCCACCGAACAGCAUGUUGAGCAAGCCAUUCAAGGCAUGAACAUUACACACCUACAUAUGACACCCACGUUGGCGUCUCUCGUUGACCCGAAAUCCGUUCCCAGUGUAAAGUAUCUGCUGACUUUAGGUGAAGGGCUGACUCCCAAUGUUCAUCAGAACUGGGCCGAGAAGGAGCUCUAUCAGGCCUAUAGCGCUAACUUACUCACUCAUGUCUGCGCCAUCUACCCCAAUGUCAAAGCGUCAACAUCUCUUCAAAAUAUUGGGAAACCACUGAGGAACACAUCUGCCAUGGUUGUGGCAGAUCAAGAAUCGUUCGCUCUUCUUCCUCGUGGAGCUAUUGGAGAGCUAUGCUUUGGUGGCGAUCAAGUUGGACGCUCCAACUAUAACUCCUCCCAGGUAGAGAAGUUCAUUGAGCACCCUGAAUACGGGAGGCUCUAUAGGACGGGUGAUUUCGGCCGGCUACUUCCUGAUGGCAGCAUUCUCCUCCGGAAGCAUGACGAAGCAAGCCUCCGUACUCAACUCAUUGAUAUAGAUGAAGUCGACCGUGCUAUGUUGUCUUUGGCAAAGGUUCGCGGAUCUGUAAGCAUGGUUUUGGACAGCUCGGUACUCGGCCAACAGCAUCUGGCAAUAUUUUGGAUUCCUUCUCAACAAGCUGCGGGCCAUGUACAGAAUGAAGAUGAUACCAACACUAUUUUCAAGGAGCUAGGGACAAGGCUUCCUUCAUCGAGCAUGCCUUCGCUUCUCGUUCCAAUCGACAGAAUUCCUAUCACCCGCUCCUACAAGACCGAUCACUCCGAGUUAAAGCGACGAUUGAAACAACUGAAACCAGAGGAGCUUGCGAUGUUCUCACCGAAGUCCAUUUCCGAUGAAGCUGAGAACAGUUUCACCGAGCUUGAACAGAAGAUUUCGGUAGCCCUAUCCGCAGUCACUGGCACUGGACAAAGCAACAUCCGGAAACACACAUCAUUCUACAGACUGGGAUUGGACUCCCUUUCUGCCGUGUCCUUCUCACGAAAGUUGCAGGAAGCCGGCUGUGGAAGGCUUGCGGUUUCCACAAUUCUCCGCCAUAGCUCUAUCGCCCAGCUUGCAGCAGUCAUCCCUCCCAUGAUCAAUGGGGAUCAGCCAGAACAGGUCGAGGUACACCAACCCACAACGGUGUUUGACGAGACCUUCAUUCAUCAAGUAGAAGGUGAAUUCAGCGCUGUAGCUGCCUCUGUCCAGAAAAUUUAUCCUUGCACACCCCUGCAGGAGGCUAUGCUUGCAGCCGAAUCUGGCGAUCACUCGGCAUACUUCAACCAUCUCCUGCUUCUUGUACGCACUGAUGCUGAGGCUAUGAGAGAUGCCUGGGCUCAGAUGAUGCAACGGCAUGAAAUUCUCAGAACUUGUUUCACGCAAACUAAUGAUAAACGAUUUGCAUAUGCUCAGGUCGUACUGGAUAGCUCGGCCUUACCCUGGUCCCAUAUUAGAACCUCGACUGACAAUCAACUUGAAAAUGUCAUCAAGACGAGCAAGUCCAAGUUCGAGGGCCUUUCUCCUGUCAAUGGCCAGUUCCCCUACUCGUUGACUUUCGUCACGGAUGCCGGUGCCCAGAAGACACAUCUGCUGCUUUCUAUUCAUCAUGCAUUAUAUGAUGGAGAAGGUAUCGCGCAACUAUUGAAUGAGGUCCAGCGGUCGCUUUCAAGCCAGAAAUUACCAGGCAUCACUCCAUUCCACCGGUUCAUUGACUAUAUGACCUCCGUGGACUAUGGGUCUUACGAUGAAUAUUGGGACCACUACUUGUCUGGUGUUUCGCCAACCCUUAUCCCCACACACUCCACCGAUAUAGAUGCAUCGGCCUCUCAACAAUUCCACACAACCCUGAAUAGCUCUUUCGGAUUCUUCAAACAACAAUGCAAGGAUCUCUCCGUGACUCCCCUGAACAUCUUCCAUGCAGCAUGGGCCCGACUUCUCGCCCUUUACACCGACUCUCCCGACGUCACCUUUGGUAACGUCUUCAGCUGUCGAACUGUUCCCAUAGAUGGCGCAGACCGGAUAGUCGGACCUUGCUUUAACACGCUCCCGAUCCGAAUCAAAUCUUCUUCCAUCGCGACAAAUAGUGAUAUCAUGAAGUUGUCGCAGAUGAGCAAUAGUGACAUCUUGCCUCACCAACUCAGUCCACUGCGACGCAUUCAGCGACGCGUCCUCGGCGACGGCUCCCGCCUCUUCGAUACUUUACUCAUAUUCCAGAACGGUAACGUCGAUCUGGAUUCCCAAAUUUGGGAACUUCUUCAAGAUGAAGGGAACAUGGGCUUUCCUUUGAUCUGUGAGAUCAUUCCAGAUGAGACGGAAGAUAAGAUCCAGAUAUGUCUUCAUUUCCAGUCGUCGCAUAUCUCUCAGACCAUUGCUGAAACUAUUGCGGCCCAUUUCGUGGCUCUCGUUGAACAUAUCACUCAAUACCCCUCCGCUCAAGCAUCUGACAAGAGACCUCUGGGAGCAGAUAUUCCCAGAGUUUUUGAGCAGAAAGUGUCUUCAAGGACGAACGCUGUGAGCUUCCUGACCAAAUAUCGUCAGACUCGCCCUUGGUCCACUCAAGAAGAGGCUGUUCGCGACAUUCUCUGCCAAAUCUCUGAUGUCGACUCGGACGAUGUGUCCCAGGACACAACCAUCUUUCAGCUUGGUCUGGACAGUAUCAAUGCUGUUCAAAUAUCUGCCAAGCUGCGUGGAAUUGGGUAUAAGAUCACCUCUGGUGAGAUUCUUGAGGCUGCCUCUAUUGAUCAAAUCGCCGCUCAUCUCACUUCUAGCGAGAAGAAUAUCAUGGAAGCCGAGUUCGAAUUUUUAUCAUUCCAGAGCCAGCAUUUGCAAUCGGUUUGUGAACGGUUUGGGCUUUCCUCGGAUGGUGUACAGGCUUUGCGCCCUUGCACACCAGUUCAAAAUGGUAUGUUGGCUAUGUUUACUCAUUCUCAUGGUGAUGCGUACUUCAACCGAAUGUCUUUGAGGUUUUCAACGCCGUUGGAUAAAGUCCUUCUCAAAAAAGCUUGGUCUACGGUGAUGGCCCGUCAUGAGAUGCUUCGCACUGGUUUCGUUCAGUUGCAUGAUCAGCAGCAUCCAUUUGCCAUGAUUACUUACCCCGAGAAUAUUGAACUGCCUUGGUAUGAGACUUCCGCCUCCUGUGUCCAAGAGAAACAGGUGCUGGAAAACCUCCAUCGUCCUCCUUGGAGCAUCGAGGUUUCGGCCGGGGAAAGUCUUACCGUUCUACAUUUCUCUGCACUGCACGCCAUCUACGAUGCCCAAUCUCUGUCUUCUAUUUUCGCAGAUGUCAGAGCAGUAUACGAGGGCAAAACACUGGCCGCACCUACUCCAGUCACCGCAACACUCGGACCCAUCUUACUCGAAAGCAAGAAUCAGACUCAAUCCGCACAGGGCUUCUGGCAAGAUUUGGGCCCAGAGAUCCACUCCUCCAAGUUCCCCGAUCUUCAUCCCAUCCGCAGCGACAAGUGCAAACUCUGCAGCUCAUCUGUCCGCUGCACAUACUCUCGCAAGGCCCUUGAAGGUGCCUGUCGGAAUAUCGGUGUAACGCUUCAAGCAGCCGGCCAAGUUGCAUGGGCAAGGUUGCUUUCUGCCUAUACUGGAGAAUCAAAUGUAACUUUCGGCACUGUGCUUUCAGGCAGGAACCUUUCUGCGGAUGCCCAGGAAGCUGUGUUCCCGUGUUUGGUCACUGUUCCGACACCUCUUUGCAUCGAGGGUCCUAAUCGGAAUCUUUUGGAUCGGACUUUGAAGCAGAAUGCUUUAUUGGUUAAGAAUCAAUUCGCGCCGCUUUCUCAUGUUCAACGUUGGGUUGGUAGCGACGAGCCGCUGUUUGAUACUCUGUUUGUCUACCAGAAAUUCACUUCUGAUACUACUGAGGUUGAUGGAUGGAAUGUCGUCGACGAAGAGACGAAAAUCGAUUAUCCUGUCUCUAUCGAAUUGAUCCCGCACUCAAAAGAUCUCGAGAUCCAACUGAGCUACCGCAGUGACAUCGUCCCUCCGGAGCAAGCCACCAUCCUCCUGGGCCAGUAUGACAAAUUAUUGGAAGAUAUUGUCUUCCAUCCGGAUGCCCUUUCCACCGACCAUGCAUCUGUGGGUAGCAACCUCCUAUCAGUGACACCCGCCAAGGAAGCACGUAUUCCAACCACAGUGUCUCUUUUGCAUCAAUUUGUCGAGGUCAACGCUCGCAGGAUCCCCGAGAAGAUUGCUUUCGAGUUUGCUUCCGGGGAUACGGCAGAGAGCUUACAGAAGAAGUCUUGGACUUAUCGCCAAUUUAACGAAUGCGGUAAUCAAAUCGCGCAUUUCCUGCAAGCUAAGGGAGCUGUUCCUGGUGGAAUGGUUGGUAUUUGCUUUGACAAGUCCCCUGAAGCAUCUAUGGCCAUUUUGGGUAUUUUGAAGACAGGAUGUUCGUAUCUGGCUAUUGAUCCCGGUGCUCCCAUCUCGCGCAAGCAAUUCAUGUUGGAGGAUUCCGGUACCAAGGUUCUGCUGUGCAAUGAAUCCAAGAUAUCUGAGUUGAAGGAUCUCUCGGGUGUUGAUGUUCAGGCAUUGGAUCGGCCUGGCCUACUUGAUGGCAUCUCAACGGUUGAUGUAUCGCUCGCCCGGACAAUCAGGCCAGAUGAUACUUCUUAUUGCUUGUAUACGUCAGGUACGACUGGAACACCCAAGGGCUGUGAGAUCACACAUGACAAUGCCGUACAAGCGAUGCUGGCGUUCCAAAGGCUGUUCGCAGGCCACUGGGAUGAAGAGUCCCGGUGGUUACAAUUCGCAUCUUUCCAUUUCGACGUCAGUGUUCUGGAACAAUACUGGAGCUGGAGCGUUGGAAUUUGCGUCACUUCGUGUCCCCGAGACCUUCUAUUCGAGGAUUUGCCUGGCACAAUCCAGAAACUUCAAAUCACGCACAUCGACCUCACUCCCAGUCUGGCGAAACUUGUCCACCCAGAUGAAGUUCCCUCGCUCUGUCGGGGAGUCUUCAUCACUGGUGGUGAGGCUUUGAAGCAGGAGAUCCUCGACGCUUGGGGCCAGCAUGGUGUUAUCUACAAUGGAUACGGGCCUACAGAAGUAACCAUUGGAUGUACUAUGCUUCCUCGAAUGUCUGCCAACGACAAGGCCUCGAACAUUGGUCCACAAUUCGAUAACGUCGGUUCAUAUGUCUUUCAUCCCGGUACAAUGACGCCAGUGCUGCGUGGCAGCAUUGGUGAACUCUGUGUCUCGGGGCCGCUCGUUGGAAAAGGAUAUCUUAACCGAGCAGAGCUCACGAAAGAGCGAUUCCAAACCCUACCCGAGUCAGGAGACCGUAUCUACCGUACCGGUGAUCUGGUUAGGAUCUUACAUGAUGGAAGCUUCCAAUUCCUUGGUCGAAUUGACGACCAGGUCAAGCUCCGUGGACAGCGUCUCGAGAUUGGGGAGAUCAACGAAGUCAUCAAGCAGGCUACGCCUGAAUUGAAUGAAGUCGCUACUCUUGUUAUCACGCACCCGAAACAAGCCAAGGACCAACUUGUCUCUUUCUUCACCAACUUGUCAACAAAGGGAGACAAGAAAUCCCGCAAUGUCGAUGUCCAAGUUCGAUCCUCGGAUGACGACCGUGUCCUUCUCUCGAAGAUCAAGGGCGCUUGUCGCACUCAUCUUCCCGGGUAUAUGGUGCCAACACAUAUCAUCCCAAUGACUCGAUUCCCCCUAUCAGCUAACAAUAAGGCUGAUAUGAAAGUCCUGAAGGCUAUCUACCAAGAGCUUUCAUUGGAAGAUAUUCAGAAAUUGAGUUCCUUGGGCAUCGACCUACCCACCGACAAUGCGCUCGAACAGCAAGUUGUUUCUGUUCUUGCAAAGUUUAUUGGCUCGUCUGAUACGGAGAUCUCGUCUUGGUCCAGCAUCUAUGAGAUGGGACUUGAUUCGAUCUCUGUCAUUGCUUUCUCGAGAAGGUUGAGAGAGGCUGGGUUCUCGCAGGCUCAGCCUUCUAUCAUUAUGAAGCAUCCUACUGUCGCUGGAAUGGCUUCUGCUCUACAGACCGCCACUCCAUCUUCUGUCUCGGUUGAAACCCUUCAGCGAAAUGCCAAGCAAGAUAUCGAGGCUUUCGCACAGAAGAACUCUCAUACUGUCAUCGAGCACAUUGGAAUCCUUGACGGCGAUGUCGAAAAGAUUGCGCCUUGCACUCCUCUCCAAGAGGGUAUUAUCUACCAUUACCUCUCCAGUGAUACACCAUUGUACUGCUCGUCUUUCACCUUUGAGCUUGACUCCUCUGUCAAUCUCGAAGCCUUGCGGACAGCUUGGGAUCAAACCCAGCAAGAAGUUCAAAUGUUGCGUGCUCGAUUCUCGCCAUCUCCAGAUGGUUAUGCCCAAGUUAUCCUGAAAAAGGACGAGCUUCCAUGGUUCUUUGGUACUGUCGAGACGGAGGCAGAAAUUGAGACUCUCCGCAAACAGCGGCAUGAGCAAUGGACAGCCCGACUUGAUAGUCUCCGUUCCGAUUUGUGGGAAGUUGGAGUCAUCAGUUUUUCAACUACAUCAGUGAUGUACCUGAACAUUUUCCAUGGCCUCUACGAUGGAAACAGUCUGGUUCUUCUCCUUGAAUCUGUUGCUGGUAACUAUCUAAGUCAAAACAAGACAUCUCAGCCAUGUCCCGGAUUCCUCGAUGUCCUGCACUUGGGCCCUCUUUGCAAAGACCCUGGGGCAAAGGAAUUCUGGAGAGAACAUUUGGCGGAUUGCCACAACCGGCAUUUGGUUGAGAACGGACAAGACAGCACAGCCAUCCUCCACAAAGCUCAGAUCAAUGCCACGGAGCAGGUUGACCAUCUCCGCCGCUUCCUGAAUGUGACCGAGCAAGCCGUCCUCCACGCUUGUUGGCUCCUGACUCUCCAGCAGCACUACUCGAUCGUACCACCACUUGGCAUCAUUGCAUCAGGUCGAACAAUUGACGUCCCAGGCAUUGAAGAUGUGAUCGGGCCGCUAUUCAAUACCAUUCCGAGCAAUGUCCAGCUGACCGGCUUGGAGACAUGGUCCGAAGUCGCGCGGCGCUGCCAUGAAUAUCAGGUAUCUAUGAUGCCCUUCCAGUACACUGCACUGCGAGAUAUCGUCAAAUGGCUCGGGAGGAACCCUGACGAGCGUCUCUUUGACUCUUUGUUUGUUUUCCAGCGGGAGAAUGAUGACGAUGAGUCAUUGUCAAGAAGUCUUUGGUCUACAAUUGGUUCUGAGGCUCAGCAUGAGUAUCCUCUUGCAUUCGAGAUUGUGCGCAAUGACAAGCAACAUUUGACGGUUACUCUUGCUGCGAAGAGCAAUGUGGUAUCACCCGACGAUGCCCAGCAGCUGCUUUCCAAGUUUGAGCAAAUCCUAUUUGAAUUUGCACAGGAUUCGAACAAAAGAUUGCCCAAGAUGAAUGGGAUCUCCCAUGCACAGAUUGUGAUGAACGGUGAAGUUAACGGUCACCACGAAUCUGUCAGAGUUUCUGAACAAACCAACGGCGCUCUGUUUGAGUGGACUCCUCAGGCAUCCACUAUUCGUGACGUUAUUGCAACUCUUGCAGGAGUGGAGCCCGAGUCUAUCAGCGAGGAAACAUCCAUCUUUGAAGUUGGACUUGACAGCAUCGAUGCAAUCAAGAUCUCCUCGCGCCUGGGUAAAGCUGGCGUCAAACUUCCUGUCAGCGCCAUCAUGCGUCAUCGUACAGUGAAGGCCAUGACCAAGCAACUCUCAAUGACAAAUGGCCACCACAAGAACGGAACACUGCCUUUGCUCGGCCAAAUGGAGAAGUCUUUGACCAAGUUCCUCGAAGACGAAGGGCUUCUUCUUCCGAGCGCUAAGCGGGUUCUACCAGCUACGCCCAUCCAAGAAGCUAUGGUUGCUGAAAUUGCUGCGUCUGGAUAUAAGCAUUAUUACAACCAUGAGAUUCUCCAACUUGAGCCUGAAGUGGACAUUGAAAAGCUGGGGCAGGCGUGGAGAGCAGUGGUCAGAGCUCACCCUAUACUCCGAACCUCAUUUGUCGAAGUCUGGGAUCCCAAGAUCCCAGUGUCCUACGCUCAAAUCGUUCACAGUGAGAAUUGCUUUGAUGUUCAGACUGUCCAUUUGCAUGGUGUAUCCGUGGAGACCAUCAUAGAGACACAGCGCUCAAGGGCCCGCCAUGAAUUCGCGAGCCGCCCCUUGCUUAGCAUCACCAUCGCGCUGGAAGGGGACAAGCGGUACCUUGUUUUGUCAAUUUCACACGCUCUCUAUGAUGGCUGGUCAAUCAAUCUACUCCACGAGGAUGUUGCCAAGUCCUACGCGGGCGAGGAGUGCAGUCGCCCAUCGUCCGAUGACAUCCUCGAGCAAAUCAUCGAAUCAUCUGGUGAUCAAGCCUUCAAGUUCUGGAGAGCGACGCUAUCAAACUUCACUCCAGCGUCAUUCUUGGCAAUGGAGCACGCUGGUAGCGACUCAGCUGUCGUCCACCGUGCAGAGCAGUCAUUCUAUGUCCCGCUUUCCAAAGCGGAGACGUUCUGCAAACUUCAUGGCAUUACUCUCCAAGCACUCCUGGUCACCUGCUGGUCUCUCGUCCUUGCCACUCAUGUUCAAAAGCUGGAUGUGGUCUUUGGCCUUGUCCUGUCUGGUCGGAACGUGGCCGAGUCCGAGCAUGUGAUGUUCCCAACGAUGAACACUGUUGCCAUGCGUGUUAUUCUCCAUGGAACGCGUCUGGAUCUGGUUAAAUAUGUACAGGAGGCUCUGCUCGUGAUGGCAGAGCACCAGCAUUUCCCGCUUCGACGCGCACGACCGGAUACGGGGUCGAAGGCGCUGUUUGAUACGCUCUUCAUCUAUCAAAAGAGACCGGUCGAAGAGUCCCAGACUGGGUCUGGGUCGGCUUUGUACAAGUCCACUGGUGGGGAUGCAAGAGUUGAAUAUCCUGUUUGUGCUGAGAUUGAGGGGGUUGGGGAAGAGCUUGUUGGUCGUGUUGCAUGUCGAGGUGAUGUAAUGGGAGAUGAGGACACCCUUGUGCUUUUGGGGCAAAUGGCGGAUAUCGUUUCGUCGAUCAUCGAUCAGCCAGCAGAGAAGACGAUCGAGUUCAUUGAUAAGGGUGUCAGUGUUUGUGGACUUCCAUCUUUCGAGGAUGUUCCCGCUCAAGGUGUUGAGAAUGGGACGCUGCGGCCAGCAUCAAGUCAAUCCAAAUGGUCGCCGGUUGAGUCAACGAUCCGCAAUAUUCUCUCGGUGGUCUCUAAUGUACCUGAGAGCGCCAUUGAGAAAAGUUCAACUAUUUUCGAGCUUGGACUGGAUAGUAUCAGCGCCAUCAAGGUCGCUGCCCUUCUCAAGAAGCAGUCCAUCAAGCUCGCUGUCAGCGACAUGCUUAGGGCUGGUACGAUCGAGAAUAUGGCCAAAGCAACCAACAACAGCCAAAGGGAAUUCUCAAUUACGAACAUAUCGAGCAUUCUUUACGAGUCGCUUGAUGGUAUCGAUGUGACUACCCUGCUACAGUCGCAUGGCAUUAAUUCAAAGCAAGUGCAGAAGGUAUUCCCUGCAACUGCAGGACAGUCCUACUUCCUUUCAAUGCACGCCUUGAACCCAGAGGUGUUCUAUCCAGAGUUCUACUUUAUGGCAUCACAGCAAUUGAGCCGCCAAGUACUUGAUAGCGCCUGGGCUCGUGUCAUCGGGCAAACACCCAUGCUUCGAACAGCAUUCCUCCCUGUCCACGGCCCUCAGCUUGUGCCGUAUAUCCAGAUCGAGCUUGAGACCGUGCACCUUCCUAUCAUCUGGCAUUCCAACCCCGACCAUCUUGUUUCAGAAAAUUCUAAGAAAGAAUUUGGGGCUGUGCCGGUCGCACUGCAUGCCUGUCAGACAACGAAGGGGACGGCGCUAACUCUGCAGAUUCACCACGCGCUGUAUGACGCAGUCAGUCUUCCACAUAUUCUGAGCAGGCUUGCCGCCCAAUGCAGUCAAGAUGAGGUUAUCCAGUCGGAACCUGGCCUUGACCUCUCACAGCUCGUGGCAUUCCAGCAUGUCCAUUCGCCCGUGCAUGUUCGGCGUCAAUUCUGGCAAAAUUAUCUUGGCCAAAUCUCAACUCAUAAGGCAGCAAAGCGAGUGGAUGGCUUCGGCUCUGUGCAACAAUACUACCGACCAGGUCUUGUACCCAACAUGGCCUGUGUUGAAAAGGUUGCUAAGCGCCAGGGCCUCAGCAUUCAAACCAUUUUCCUAGCCAUCUAUGCUCGAGUCCAUCUCCAGAGUUUCAGAACGGCUGGAACAGCGGACCAUGAGGGGCCUGACAGGCGGUUAACGGUUGGCCUCUACCUUGCCAAUCGAUCACAUUCCAUCCAAGGCCUGGCGGAAUCUGUCAUUCCAACUGUCAAUAUCGUUCCACUACGACUAGAUGACAAAUUUAGCGACACCAAUGACAGCCUGCUCGAAGCCGCCCGCAGAAUCCAAAAUGAAAUCAACGAGAUCAGCCGAAUGGAAUACUCAGGCGUAUCUCUCCUGGAGAUUGCCGAAUGGACCGGCGUCCACAUUGAUACCUGCGUCAAUUUCCUGCGACUUCCAGAGAAUGAAUUGCCUAGCAACGACACAAAGUUUUCUCUGUCCGCGAUUCAACGCGAGGAGUUGUCCAGGCUAAGCGGGGCCGAGUCCACGCACAAUGCAACGCAGACCGAGACCCAGAUUAAUGGCAAUGGUACAGCGCCACCGGGUGCAGCCGAGAACAAGCACUCGAGCGUCCCAACGGCGGCUACUCAAACCACCUACCAGCCAACAAUCGAUGUCGAAGCUGCGAUUCGCAAUGGUCGGUUGGACUUUGGACUCUUCGCGCCCGAGAGUCGGCUGAGCUCCGAUACUGCCGAGUGCAUGAUCGGCGCUAUGCGACGGGAGAUGAGCGCGUUGGUGACAGGCUUUGAACUGUAG